AUGACUGAAAAUGAGUAUGAAGAAGAAAAAAUUUUUUUUUUAAAUAACUUAAAAAUAAUAGCCGAUAAUCGCAUAAAUAUUGAAAGAGAAACAGUCGAUCAAACAAAUUCCACUAAAUGGUUUGAAUUAAGGAGGAAUAUAAUUACAGCCCCAAACUUUGGAAGAAUUAUUGCAUUACGCCCAGACACUGGAUGCAAAGGAGUGUUAAAAAGUUUACUUUACUCUACAAAUCUCGAUACCAAAGCCCUGGAAUAUGGUAGGGAACAUGAAUAUCAAGCCAAACGAGAUUUAGAAUUGGCUUUAGAAGUUGAAAUUAACGAUUGUGGAUUGUUUAUUGAUUCAAUUGAUGUUUUCUUAGGAGCUACUCCUGAUGGUUUAAUCGGGGAAGACACUUUAGUCGAAAUAAAAUGUCCGUAUUCAGCAGAAAAUUUAGAUCCCAACGAAGCAAUUAUUCAAAAAAAAAUUACUAUUUGGAAAACUAACAAAAAUAAAGAAAUAACAGGUAUAGAUAGAAAUCACAAAUAUUACUACCAAGUUCAGGGACUGUUACACAUUACUAAGCGAAAAUAUGGAAUUAUAGCUUGUUGGACUAGAAAAGGAAUCAAGUAUGAAAAAAUUGAAAGAGAUGAUACUUUGUGGCAGACAAAAAUGUUUCCUAAACUAAAUGAUUUUUAUUUCAAUUGUUUAUUACCGGAGUUAGUAGAUCCAAGACACCCAAGAUCAAUGCCUAUUCGAAAUCCAAAAAAUAUACUAGAAGCGAAACGGAGAAAGAACGAACAGAAAAUGAAUAAACAAAGUAAAAAAAAAGUUUAA